AUGCCUUUGGUUGGUCGUAUUAAGAAUGGUCCUGAUACUAUUAGAAUCCUUUUAACUACAGAUAACCAUGUUGGGUGUUUUGAGAAUGAUCCUAUAAGAGGUAAUGACGGGUGGAAGACUUUUGAUGAGAUUACUCAGAUUGCCAAAGAUCAGGACGUGGACAUGUUAGUACAAGGGGGUGAUUUAUUUCAUAUCAAUAAACCCACAAAGAAGUCAAUGUAUUACGUUAUGAAGUCAUUGAGAUCCAAUUGUAUGGGAAGCAAAGCGUGUCAGUUGGAAUUAUUAAGUGAUCCAUCUACAACAAUGUUUAACGGAGUUGAUGAGGUGAACUAUGAGGAUCCCAAUUUGAACAUAUCGAUACCAGUGUUUGCUAUUAGUGGUAACCAUGAUGAUGCAACUGGGGAUGGAUUGCUACUGGCUCUCGAUGUUUUGGCUGUUUCGGGACUAGUCAACUAUUUUGGAAAAGUAAAGGAUUGCGAAUCAAUAACCGUGAAGCCUAUAUUAUUUGAAAAGGGGGGUACAAAACUAGCGUUAUAUGGCAUGUCUAAUGUUCGAGAUGAGAGGUUACAUCGACUUUUCCGAGAUGGAAAGGUAAAAUUUGAAAGACCUGGGGUAGAUACAGACCAGUGGUUCAAUUUCCUUGUAAUUCAUCAGAACCACGCAAUGCACACUUUUAAUUCAUGUAUACCGGAAAACUUUUUGCCUCAUUUCCUCGAUUUCGUACUCUGGGGUCAUGAGCAUGAAUGUAUUCCGUAUCCAGUACACAAUCCAGAAACGUCUUUUGAUGUACUACAGGCAGGGUCGUCCAUCGCGACAUCACUAUCAGAAGGAGAAAGCCCUGACAAGAAGGUAUUUAUAAUGAACAUAAAAGGCCGUGAUUACUCUUUGGAACCAAUUGAGUUGAAAACAGUGAGACCUUUUGUGUUGAGGGAGAUUGUGCUACAGAAGACUGAUUUGGUCCCCGGUACUGCAUCAAAAGCGGACGUCAUUGCAUUUUUAACAAACGAAGUUGAGAAAGCAAUUGAGGUAGCAAAAAACACAUAUUUACUAAGCCAUCCGGAGUUGACUGCCUCCAAUGGCGGAGAUCACAACGACGACACACAAAAUAUCCCCUUACCAUUGAUUCGACUUAGGGUAGAGUACAGCGGAGGUUUUGAGAUUGAAAACGUUCGAAGGUUCUCAAACCAAUUUGUGGGAAGGAUAGCAAAUGUGAAUGAUGUUGUUCAAUUUUAUAAAAAGAAAACACAACAACAACCUGAAAUAUUGAGGAAAAAGACUAAAUUCAGUGAUGAUAUGGUCGAUGAAAGUUUGAGUGAGAAAAACACCACCGAGUUAGCUCUUCAAGAUAUUGUGAGUGAUUUUUUAAAGCAAACUCAAUUGACAUUAAUCCCUGAAGCCGGAUUGAACGAGGCUGUGAAGAAAUAUGUUGAUAACGACGACAAAUAUAGCCUAAAUCAAUAUAUUAAUUCAGAGAUCAAAAAGGAGACAAAGAUGUUGCUUGGUGUGGAUAUUGAUGAUCAAGAGUUUCAUGGUAUUGAAGAUGAAAAACACACAAGAAAUGUAUUUAAGCAGAUCCUUUUACAAUUGAAGGAAGGAACGUACACGCAGAUGAAUUUGGACGCUGAGACUGCAGCAAAGGGUUCUAAAACGAAAGGUAAAACCAAUCGCAAGACCGCUUCAAAGAGCAACGAAAUUGUUUUGCACGCCAGUGAUUCCGAGAAUGUUCUACAUAAUUCGUCUGCUUCAAGAUCAUCGCAUGCUAGGUCAGUUCCACAUCCAGUCACGUAUGCCGAGGAUGAAAAUGAGAUCCUCACCAGUGAAGAAGAAUACGACCCUGAGCCGGUGAAAACAAGAGGUACAAGAGGAGGCAGACAAGGAAAGGGAAGAAAUGGAAUGUAG